AUUGGAUCCUGUCGUGGAUUGUGGGCGUCAUCAAGAAAUCGAAAGUAUCACGAAGUGAAACUGCGCGAGGUACCUGAACGUCUGCUGCUCACAGUACCGCGAUCUGCUUGUCUGAAAAUAACGAACAUUUGCUUUCAUUAUGUCCAAAUCCAAAGUGCUGAAGAUAAACUCUGAUAAUGCAGUGAAGAUAGAAAACUACCGACAGUCACUGUAUAAGCAGGCAGAAGACCUGUUCUCCAAUCACAUACCUCUGAAGAUCUCACAGCUUGACAACCUGUUGAAGGGGGAUGAGUUCAAUAUCACUGACCUCUCAUCUCUCCAUGCACCCCUGGACAUUCCCAUUCCUGAUCCCCCUGCUCCGGAGGAUGAGGAGAUGGAGACAGAUAAAAAUGAAGAUGAUGAGAAAAAGAAGAAAGCUCCCAAGUGUGGCUUCAUCAAAGGAAAUGACCGGAUUGUGAAGUUGCUGGAUAUUGUAAAACCAGAGAUAAUGGCUCUGAAGGAGACCUGCAUCACUGUUUCUUGCUGGAUUUCUCAUCUAAUUCCAAAAAUAGAGGAUGGAAAUGAUUUUGGAGUUGCAAUUCAGGAAAAAAUCCUUGAGAGAAUUACUGCUGUGAAGACGAAGGUGGAGGGUUUUCAGACCAACAUUAACAAGUACUUCUCAGAGAGAGGUGAUGCAGUGGCCAAAGCUUCUAAAGACACCCACGUGAUGGAUUAUCGCUCUCUGGUGCACGAGAAGGAUGAAGCAGCAUAUUCUGAGAUUAGAGUGAUUGUGCUUGAUACACGCGGUUUCUAUGCUGAACUCUAUGACGUCAUCAGCAAGAAUCUGGAGAAAGUGACGAAUCCCAAAGGAGAAGAGAAGCCCUCCAUGUACUGAGACAGAUGCUUACUGGGAGCAGUGUAGUUCUACAACUAGACCAGUUUUCAGAAUUUCUCAUUUCUUCAUUUUUGACACUCUACAGAUACAUCCCUGAAGCGGUUAAUAAACUUAAGUCAGUCAUAAACAUACAGUGUGUCGUAGUACAAAUGAUGAGUUCAGGUAAAUCCAAAUGUACGUCUAUUUCAGCAUAUACAAAAUCAGGAAAACGCACAAAUUCAUAAAUGUGACGUAUUCUUAAAGCAAAGAACCACAUUAAAAC